AUUGAUUAAUCCUUUCAGCUAUACAAUGGGAACUCUCCUGAAUCUUAAUGUAUUCAUUUUAUUUAUAUGCAUGUACAUCCACAUGUGUGUGCAUUGUGUCACACAGCUCUGUGGGUGUGACACAAUUACAUCAGGAUUGAGAGUGAGACAGAAAUCAUAGGCUAUAUUUAGAUGUGAAAAUACAGCAGUCAUAAUUAUACAUUGGCCAUUAAACAGUUCUGUUAUAGAUUAUGCUGGUAGGAUUGGCACACUGUAUGAUGCUGCUGGAAACAGAAAACUAAAUAGGAGUAAUGCCAAAAGUGUCUUUGUUCAUUUGUUGCAGUUGAAAUACAAGAGCAUUGAGACCAUCUUUAAUUAUUGACCAGCAGCCUGUCCCCAUUUACUCCUAGACAAAGUAUUCUACUUCUUCUACAGUAUCAUUAUAGUGUAUCUGCAGUAAGAUUAGUCUAUACAGUCUCCUGUCUUAUAUUGUAUGCCAUUAUUCUUAUAGGGUAUUCAAUAAAGUUUUAUUAUCCAGUGACACAAGCUAAGUAAGUACCUUGUGUCAUCUUUUAAAAUGUAAUGCAUUUGUUCUCUGCAAAAAUAUCAAGUCAUUUUAGUCUAUAACCAAGUCGUACUUCCCCAUUUUCUCCACCACUGCAAAAAGAAUUCCAGCAUGUUUUCAAUGAAAAUCUAUUUGUUUCAAGUAUUAGGUAUCUAAAAUCAAGUCUUAGAUUUCAUAUUUCGUCUUUGGACAGGUUAAUUUGAGUUAAAUUGUGAUUAUUUCAUUUUUAUUUAGGAAGAGGGUGUUUAGGACGCACGACGGUACAUAAAGUAGUAAAAUUAGGUAAAACUUGCAUGAAGUCUGGUGUGUAACGACACCCAUGGCUGUCCUGUAGGUGUGGUAGUAUCUGAACGUGUCCUGGGCGGGGAGAGUCUACAGUACCUCGUUUGACGUCAGGAGGGAAACAGUCUGUUCAGUUUAUGGGCAGAGCCACAAGACGGCAACACCAAACCCGUACCUGACUCUGACGAAACCCGGUGAGGAAAUCUCCUGUCCACACCGGCACUUGAACCCAGACUGGUUUACCGGCCGCCGCCGGUAUUCUGGAGACUUCCACGGUAAACUGCGCCGACGAGUAACGUCAGCUAAGAUAAACACCGGAUACUACAGCCGUGACCAAGACCGAGACUUCCGCUGAGGAUCCCAGCGGGUGAAAGUCCUUUCAAUCGAUAUUUACUCGAACACACUGGCAUGUAACAGCUUAGUGUUCAGGUAUGUUAAGCCUGUGUUUUAUAAUUUGUUGUGCGUUUGGCGCUUCGUUCAAACGUCGUUUGACGCAGUAUGAGCGACCAGUCUGCGGCUUGUUGACAGGUAUGAGUGAAAAUCUGACCUCCAGGCGGUGAAUAACUGGCUGGCAUCCGACGAACGUAACGUUACACAGAUGAACUAUAUCCUGCACAUACAAUGACAAAACCCAAAACAAUACCUCGGCUUGAUCCCUUUAUGAUGUGAUAUUCAAGCAAGUUUCGAGCAAGUAUUUCAGUGCCUGAUUGAAGUGCAGGAACCUCAUUAAGAAAAAUAGUCAAAAAAACACGUUAUAUCUAACGUUAUGUGUAUGCAUUUAUUUGCCUAAAUAACUAAACCUCGAGGAGGUCAGCAUCCCAGCCCUUUAAAAAGUAAUAAAUCAAUUCUAGUGUAGCUUUUACGUGGUCUGAUAAUAAUCAACACACAUGUUGCAGCGGCUGUUAGAGCAGUCAUCUUAUAGUUUGUCAUUUGUUAAAUAUGAAGUUAUAGCCGGCAGCUAGUUGAACUAAGCUAAGCAGAAAGGCUGGCUACAUGGGGACUAUUUCUUGGGCAGGUGCAGUAACUUAUAUCUACUAUGUAAAUAGUUUGGACAAAGCAAGGAUAGGUGUCCUCUGUUUCCAGUCUUUAUGCUAAGCUAAGAGUCUCCCGUCUGUAGCUAAAAGUUUAACAAACAGAUAUGAGAGUGGUAUAAAUCUUCUCAUCUAACACUCGGGAAGAACGUGUAUUUCUCAAAAAUGUAUGUUGGCAUGUUUUUUUCUGGCUCUGCCACAUGAGGAUAAAUAUAGCUGCAGCUAAUGAUUUUACUUCAUUAUUAAUUAAUCUGACAAGUUAUUCUCUUGAUCAAACUAUUAAUUGUUUGAUCUAUAAUAGUGAAAAAAAUCAACAUUUUUCACAAUCACAAUUUCCUUAAGCCCAAGCCAAAGUCUUCAGAUCAAUUAUUUUGUUCAACCAGUGGUUUGAAACCGAAAGGUAAUCAGUUCUGUCACAUAUAAGAUAAAGAAAAGCAGCAAAUCCUCCCCUUUAUAAAAGCUAGAAGUAAAAUUAUCAAAAUGGUUUAAUUUUCUGUAGCUUAAUCGACAGAUCAUUUGACCUCUAAAGAACAUGUCCAUGUUCUUAAUCCCACCUACAAAGGCAUCUCUCAUAAAGAGCUACAGCCACCCUGCAUGUUAUUUUUACAAGCUAUGUAAUGUCCUGCACAGAAAAUCCCUCACUGUUACAUCAGGAUAUAAAACUACCGAGCAUCACGGUCAUUCUAUGAAUCCUUCAGCAGUAUUUUGUCAGGGAGCAGCUGUGCUAGUUGGUGCUACCACUUGGACACACACCCAUUAAUCAGCACAUGUAGCCCAAUCUGUGUUCUUUUUGGCCUUUACACAAUUGUUUAAGAGGAAGGACUCACCAGUUAGAUGCUAGUGACCUUUCCUGACCCCGAUGUCCUUUUGUAGUUUGAUCAGUGGCUGACUGAUAAUAAUAACACUCCGUGUCAUGCUUUAAUUUAUACUUCUAAACCGAGGCCCAUUCAGUGCCCCUUCAGCGCAGCCAGAUCCCCCCAGAGAGAGAUUUACAUGGGCUGAAGGAUUAAUCCCACUUAGUGAUUCUCCACGGUGUCGUCAUUCUUGCUUUCUGUGAAGAAAGGGGACACUAAAGACCAGCGAUUGUUAUAAAUGCUGUCACUGCCUCACCUCAGCCUGAAUCCAUCUGUACUAUCAAAACGAGCCAGCAGGUCGCAGUGGUGGGACCGUUCAGUUACCUUAAAGCAUUAAAGCAUGACAGCUGUGUGACAGAUGUGAGGGUAGGAGCUGGACCGGGUAGGGUCAGGGUCUCCGGGGUGGAAAUCUGUUUGGAACCACUCCACCAUCUCAAAUGCAUGCAAAUAGCUGUUAAGCUGCUGUUAUGCAAAGGCCAUUUCAGCAAAGUGGGCUUUUUGAACAGUUAUUUAUCUGCCACUCUUCUUGUCUCUGAUCUUAUCUAUACCACAAAUGCACACACACGUUCAGUUAAUAAUGGUACUAAUAAACUUUUCUAAUAAGCUGUAAGGCUGUCUGUCAUGAAGAAGCGAGCCAACAAGGUGCUGGAGGAAGAGGAGACCUUGUGCUGCUGCGAGUACGUGAACAGACACGGCGAUCGAAGCCACGUAGCAGCCUGCUGCUGUGACUGCGAGGACCUGGAUGAUACCUGUGACAGGUUUCUGAAGAGGGAGCCUCAGAAACCUGAAUCCCUGUCACAGGUGGCUGCAGAUGUCACAGACCGGCUUCGUGUGCCCUGGCUGUGGGGUGGAGCCCGAAAAGUGGACCUGUCCAUCAUCCCUCCUCUUGUUCUCCUUCCCGUCCUUCUGCACAUCGCCGCUCUCCACUUCCUGCUCGGCAUGGUAGUUCUGACAGCUCUGCCCGGCCUGGUGCUGUGGUACUACUAUUUCACCCAUCGCAAGAAGGGACGGACGCUCUUCUUCCUCAGCCUGGCCCUCUUCUCAUUGGCGUACAUGUACUACUUGUUCAUCACGGAGGUGCUCCCCCAUGGGGAUGUAGGCCUGGUCCAGCUGGCGGUGGUAACUGUAGGGGUCGUACUCACCCUGGUAGCCCUUUUCCACACCAAGAGAGAACCCGGCAUUGUUCAGCCAAACCAAGACGACGUCCACAGCACAGUGACGUAUUAUAGCCCUUUAGCAGACAGAGACCCUGCCCUCAAUGGGGGGAGGCAGGAUGUGACGGUAGCCAACCGGGCGGGAUCUUCGGAGCAGGCGGGGACAAAGCUGAAGGAAAGUAGCCGAAGGAACUGGUGUCCGGUGUGCCGAGUGGUGCGGCCCCCGAGGGCGGGACAUUGUCGGAUCUGUGGUGUCUGCGUGCUGCGUCUCGACCACCACUGUGUCUGGAUAAACAGCUGUGUGGGGCAGGCCAAUCACCGCAGCUUCCUGCUUACACUCUUCCUCUUCCUGUUGACGUCGCUGUACGGGAUCAGCCUUGUGCUGCAGUGUGUCUGUCCGAAACAACACGUCUUCAUCGCCCUGCUCUACUGCCCAGGGGUCUACAACCAAUUCAGCACUGCACUUUGCUUCACCUGUGCGUGGUACAGCAGUAUCGUGACCAUUGGGCUGCUCCACCUGCUGGUGGUGCAGGUCAUCAACGUCAGCUACAACGUAACUGAGCGCGAGGCACGCUUCGCCCUGCGGGACAAAACCGCUCGCAGGGCCUACUGGGGACUCGUUGUGGACACUGGUGUCUACUCUCGAGGUUUCUGUGGCAACUGGGCAGAGUUCAUGACCAUGGGAGAAAAACUGGGUGCCCCCCCUCCCGCCCCAACAGACCUGGUUGCCUUGCAGGGAGUCGGCAUACAAGAAAAAAGUGAGAAUGAGUAAUCUGUUGAUCCUCUUAGGGACAUUUUUGCUGCGCACAGCGUUCCUAUGGGUCUGGAGUUGGUCAGUCUUGCACAAAACAUGGGCUGAACACCAUUUCAAGGAUGGUCUCUCUGCACACUUUGUCCUCCACAAACACUUGCUCCGUGCCCACAAAGGAGUGUACCUUACUUGACCUUAGAAAUGUAUCAUGAAUAUCUAUCACAGAUAAAUGAAACAUCUCAGCACAAACCACAUAAUCAGGCUAGUUAAAGUUCUACAGCUUGUCAUUUUGUUAAAUUUAAUGAAUGAUUGGAUAGUUAUGAAUAUACAAGUAUUUGCUUUUACUGUCUUAAGCUGGCUGAAAGUGACUCUGAAUUAAACAGCUCUGGAAAUAUGAAAAAAGCAAAUAAAUUAAUACACUUUAAUGUGAGCUUGAAGUUUUCAGAGCUAUCCACUAUCUUUUAUUAGUCCUCAAAGGGAUUGAAAGCUUUUCUUUGUUAUUGUAAAGUGUAUGGGUCCAGUUUUAUGUGAAAUUUAUUUUAUUUAUUUAAAUUAAAUAAAUGUGAGAAAUGUG